AUGGCGGCCCUGCUGCACGUGGUGAACUUCGUGCUCCUGACCUCGGCGAGCGGCGCAGAGCCAGGGCCGGAGCAAAAGAAUGUAUCUCCUAUUGUGAACAUGCAGCUGGAUUCAAGGAAAAAGAUGCUAACCUGGAAUUACAUGAGAAACGUGAGUGGGCACGAAUGCAUCAUAGACACGCCGCCGGACUAUUCCGCCAGGGUAGACCCGCAGGUGACGCAGGACCUCAGCUACGUGUGCGCCUUCCCCAACUCCGUGCUGCGCAGCGGGGCCACCCUGACCCUGAACGUCACUUGUGAUGGGGCCGUGUUCCAACGAGUCCUGAGCUUCGCCAACCCAGGCAGGGAAGGUUCCGGAGCCGUGAACUUCUCCUGCCUCAUUUACCACGUGCGCUUCAUGAACUGCAGCUGGGCGCCGGGCCCCGCCGCCCCGGCUGACGUCCAGUAUCGCCUCUUCUCCUGGGCGUCCAGUCAUGAGGCCGAGGCGGAAUGUGUCCACUACGUCGUCGAUGCCACGGGGACACGUGUGGGCUGCCAUUUUGAUCAGCUCGGCAAACCCCACAGGAUGGAUAAUUACUUCUUCCUGCUGAACGGAACCAGCAGGGAAACACAGAUCCCGUUUUUGGAUUUCACUCCAUUUAAAGCCGUUCAAAUGGAGAAGUACGACCCGCCCGCGAACCUCACCGUCGCCCACAAUCGAUCGCACCACGUCAUCCGCUGGGACAACCCCACGAUCCGAUUCGACAUCUCGAGUCACAUGCUGUGCUAUGAGCUGGACGUCCAGACGGCGGUAAGCAGCACCUGACCCUCAAGAGUUUUCCAGCGGGGCCAGGACCGCAAUGUGUACGCGAUGCCCGGCUCCGCGCUCAGGGGCGAGGCCGCCCUGCGGGCGAGGGUGCGGUACGUGUACGGCCACGUGUGGAGCGACUGGAGCCCCGCCGCGCGGCUGGGCCUCGGGGAGCGGGACUCCGGCGGCGCCCUGCUCGGGCUCGCGGGGGGCGCCGCGGCGGCCGCGCUCGUCUUCGCGUUCGUGUGCAGACGGUUCUCCGUGACGCGCAGGCUGCUCCCUCCCAUCCCGCAGGUGAGGAAGGAGGUCGCCCAGGCCCUCACGACCGCCCCCGCGGUCCCCUGGGACGACGGCCCCCCGCCGCCCGGCUCCCCGGACCCCGAGGACGUCGUCACGCUGGACGGAACGUGGCGGACGCACGGCGACCCUGAAAGAGGCCGGCGGGCCCCCCGCGCCCCCGCGCCCCCACCCCCGGUGCACCUGGCCGCCGCGGGCACCUUCCCGGGGCCCCUGGGGUCCCCAAAGUGCGCCCGGCGCGCACCUGUCUCCCUGCGGCGGGUCCCGCACGGAUCCCGUUACCCGCGCGCGGCAGCCACUGUGGAGCGCAAAGCCGGGCGCGGGGCGGCGGGCGGCUCCCCGAACGUGGCCCUCGGGGUCGGGGGGCUGCGGGGUGUGGAUGGGGCCGUGGGCCUUCGUGCCAGGGCUCGCGCGGCGGGGCGGAGGGUCCCCAGAGAAGCUUUGCAGCCUGGACUCGGCAGGGUCCUCGCUGCCCUAGGAGCCUGCAUGAACCCCACCCCGAGCCCAAUUCGGGAGGGUGUCCGGACCGCCCCCGGCCCCCCUGCGAGGGGCCCUUUGGACCCCGCCCACCGAACAGCCCCCGAGUUGCAUUCGCGCUGUGACACCGAGUGGCCACCCGUGGAACGUGGCCCAGCCGAGCGACGGCACGGGACGCGGUUAUGA